AUGGAGCAGCAAGCGUGUCCACCUUGUGCAGCCGAAUGGCAUUUUGGCGUCGCCGUCUCCCCUCAAGACGUCGAUGGGGGAACGCCUCUUUCGAGGGUGCGUGACGGCCGUAGGCCUUCUCUCGAUAUUGAGAGUGCAGACACUUGUGCCCGAGAAGGGUUUCCACCAGUCGCCGUCACGGACCCAAACGACGGACCGUCUCAUGGAGAAGCUGUCGAAUGCGAGUACUAUGUGUGGGAUCCGGCUACACAGCAGUAUUCACGGACAGAUCCACACACUGGAGAGGCACUGCUACGCGACCCUCACUACAUGCAAUACCACUUUCACCUUGUUGAUGCGGCAGAGGAGGGUGUGCCUAUUGCCGACGAGCGCCAUCCCCUAGAGCAGCAUCCCUAUGAUCUCCCGACUCAGAACCCAUGUGCCGGCCGGAGCGAAACAGACGUCGAUUCUUUUGUUGCGGCGGCUGCGAAUGCGGCGCGAGAGACGUUUACAGACGCAAUCCGGGCGGCGGAAUCAGCAGCCAGACAAGCAUCAGAAGCGCAGUCUGUUGCGUCAGCGUGUAAAGCUGGGCCCCUUCCCGCCACUUUAAGAGACACACCAGAAACACAAGUGCUGGCUUCGCCACUUUAUGUGCCGUCGCAAGCAAUGCCUGGGAAGCAGUGUCUUCCCUGUCAGACACACUCUGGCUGGACGGCUCACGGUGACCCCGCGUCGCUUACCGCGGGUGAGCUCCACGGACGCUCUCUUUCUCUCAAGUCAAGUGGUGACCAUAGGAGCCAUCACCAACCUGGCCGAAUGCCUCAAUGCGAAGAAUUGGAAAAUGACACACGGCCUCCCUCUGCACCGUCAUUUCCAGAAAGAAUCGGCGCGUGCCCCCACCACGGGGGUUUCGCAUCAGAGGAAACAGACGGAAGGGGCUGCGCCAGCAUUUGUGGCCAGUGCAUGUGUCAGCAAAGGGCAAACGAUUUCGUUUUUCCGCAAGACUACCAAUCUGGGUCGGUCCAAAGUAACCACUGGCAACAUGCACAUUCGUCAGACGGGACGAAGGCCGGAAGAGUGCUUGAGUCCACGGAGUACAUGAAAGGGAAUUAUCGACACGGAUUCCAGUGUGGAGCAAAAGGGUUUUAUCCCUCCUCGGCCAGCAUGCGCAUCUCCCUGGAAAACGGAAAUCGUCAGUCAUCGACAGGUAGGAACAGACAGCACGCCGAGACAACGCACACCAAUGAGAAUGACGCUGAGGGUCAGUGGGGGCUUGUCCAAGGUAUGUUGGACGUACAGUCGGAUCGCGAAGAGGAAUGGUAUGAACCUGAGGAGCAGUUCCUAGAGCACAUAGUGGGGUCAACGGUGUCUGACUACGAGGAAACACCUGAUGCCAUUGGUAAGACGAGACCGUGUGCGGGCACGGGGCUGUCGACUAGUCGGCCAUGGGGAGUUGCCCCGAGUCGUGCUGCGAGUAGUCUGAAGAACCAGCGGCGAGGACCCGCUCAGUUUGAACGCAAACUGGAAAACACACGAGCGCGGCUGCGGGUUGCGGAGCAAGUGGCUGCCGUCGCAUCACCGUGGAGAAGGCGAGCGGUAAGGGCACCUUCGCCAAACAGUGAGCCAGCGGCGUCGCGCCUUGCGUGUGAAAAACCAAAUCCUCUUUCAAGGGACUGCACCAAACGGACAGGCGAGCACUCCAGAGACACUGAUUUGUGGCACCGUUCGAACGCGAUUCGUUUUCGGAAUAGCGAAGGAGUCUGUGGAGGAACCCGACGGCUUCCCCCCAAGUCCACGUCUCAGGGAGAGGGCGCACCAGGCCGCAGACUGCGUCAGCAUGACCCAGUCAGUCGGGGAUGUCAAUUACGUGCUGCUUGGGAGGGUGAUCCUUUCCUUCGGCAGCAGAAGCGUACACAAUUUGAUAUGAAGGCAUACGAUACUUGGCUGCGCAACAAAGGGCAUUUGCUCCGCGCGAAAGCGCUGGAGUUGCAACGGGAAGAGCAGCGUCUCCUGCUGCUAAUGAUGCAACAGCAGUACCCGGGAACCAGGAAAGCGUCGGGUGUAUGA